AUGCGCACUCAUCUCGACCCCAGUGAACUCGGCACCAAGCAAUAUUGGGACGACGCCUACGCUCGCGAAAUCGCAAAUCACGCUCAGGAUGCCCAAGACGAAGGCACGAUCUGGUUCGACGACAGUGGUGCUGAAGAGAAGGUCAUUGAACGCCUGGAAGCUUUGGAGGAUGAAGGCUUGCUGAGUAAGGACGAUUCGCGCAUCCUCGAUUUGGGCACCGGCAAUGGACACAUGCUCUUCUCGCUGUUGGACGAGGAUUGGGCCGGAGAAUUGGUUGGUGUCGACUACAGCGAUACUAGUGUGAAGCUUGCACGCCAGAUUGCUGCCAGUCGCAGUGAAGAGGGUGCUUCUGUCCGCUUCGAGGAGUGGGAUCUCUUGAACCACCAGCCCGGAGAAUGGCUCGCCGAAGGCUUCGAUGCUGUACUGGACAAGGGCACCUUCGACGCCAUCUCGCUGUCUUCUGAGACAGACGCCCAGGGCCGACGCAUCUGCGAAUCUUACCGUGAACACAUCACUCCUCUCAUAAAGCCUGGUCAAUUCUUCAUCAUCACCUCAUGCAACUGGACCAAAGACGAGGUCAUGAACUGGUUCGUAGCUCCUGAUGGCGAGCUGAAAUUCUUUGACGAGGCCAAGUAUCCAACCUUCACUUUUGGUGGUCAACAGGGCCAGAGUGUUUGUACUCUGAUCUUCCAACGACGUCUCAACUGA